AUGCACGCGCUUGCACCAUUAAUCUCCAUCUUCUUCUUCAUCACUUCCAUCAAUGGCGCCUCCAUAGCUCAAGAAAUCACUCAACUCAACAAUGGCGGCCUCUGGAAAAUUCAACCCAGUUCUCUAACAAUCGACCCAUCUCUAGUUUUCCAAAACCCGAGGCUCAAAAACGCUUACAUUGCGCUACAAGCUUUGAAAAAUUCCAUAAUCUCCGACCCCAAGAAUGUCACGGCCAACUGGGUCGGCUCCGGCGUCUGCAACUACACCGGCGUUUUCUGCUGGCCGGCGCUGGACACGCCAUCCCAGACCACGGUCUCCGGCGUCGACCUCAACCACGCCGACCUCGCCGGCCACCUCCCGGACGAACUCGGCCUGCUCUACGAUGUCGCUUUGCUCCACCUGAAUUCCAACCGAUUCUGCGGCAAAAUCCCUCCCAGUUUCAUGAACAUGAAACUCUUAUUCGAGCUAGAUCUGAGUAACAACCGAUUCGCCGGCGACUUUCCUUCCCAUGUUCUUAAUCUUCCCGAGCUCCACUACCUCGAUCUUCGGUUCAACGAGUUCGAAGGUAAGCUUCCGAACAAACUGUUCGACAAAGAGUUGGACGCGAUAUUUCUAAAUGAUAAUCGUUUUACAUCUGGAUUGCCGGAAAAUAUUGGGAACUCGAAAGCUUCCGUCUUGGUCUUGUCGAACAAUCGGUUUUCCGGCUGUGUUCCGGCGGGUAUAGGGAAAAUGGCGAGAACUUUGAAUGAGAUUGUCCUCAAGAACAAUGAAUUCAGUUCUUGUUUGCCGCCGGAGAUUGGGCUUUUGAAGAAUGUGACGGUUUUUGACGUGAGCUUUAAUCGGAUAAUGGGGUGUUUGCCGGAGAGUGUCGGGGAGAUGAUGGGUUUGCAGCAUUUGGAUGUUUCUCAUAAUAUGUUUUCCGGGAAAGUUUCCGAGAAAAUUUGUUCGAUUCCGGGGCUGGAGAAUUUCGGCUACGAUUAUAAUUUCUUUGAGAGUGAAGCGUUGGAAUGUUUGAAUUUGAAUGGUUUUGAUAAUUCGAGGAAUUGUUUGGCCAGGAGGAAGAAUCAAAGAUCGAAGUUGCAGUGUAAGGUGUUCUUGGCACGGAAAAUCGACUGUAAAGCUUUCAAAUGUGCGCCGCCUGUUCCGCCGCCGCUACCGCCGCCUCCACAUGGCAAUUGCACUCAAAACUCACCACCACCACCACCACCACCUCCGCCGCCGCCGCCAACUCCACCUCGCCUCAAGUCACCACCUCCGCCAACCCCGCUCUUGUCACCCCCGCCCCCGCCGCCGAUUUAUGCCCCACCACCACACCCAAAGCCGCCAAAUCCGCCGCCGCCAGUAAACCCAUGUGUACAGCCGCCGCCUCCGCCUCCGCCUCCGCCUCCGCCAUGCGGCCAACAACAUCCAUUGCCGCCGCCGCCAACUUCCGAUUGA